CAACAUUGUCUAGUAUAAUCCCUAGACGUGUGCUGCUAUAUACAAUAGCCUAAAAGAUGAUUAUAUGAAGGUUCCAAAUUCAUGGGAAGAUUGGCAGAAAAUAGCUAAAGAGUUUGAAGACAAGUGGAAUUUUCCUAAUUGCAUUGGGGCCAUGGAUGGGAAACACAUAGCAAUUCAGUGUCCUCUAAAAAGUGGUUCAAAUUAUUACAAUUAUAAACAAUUUUACAGCAUAGUUUUAUUGGCUUUGGUUGAUGCUGAUUACAAAUUCAUAUAUGUAGAUUGUGGUUGCAAUGGAAGAGUAAGUGAUGGUGGUGUGUUUGCAAAUUCAAGCCUAUACCAAGCUUUGGAAUCAAAUGAUCUUAAUAUUCCACCUAAAAAACCUUUACCACUGAGACAUACACCUGUUCCAUAUGUCACUGUUGGGGAUGAAGCAUUUCCCUUAAAAUCUUAUAUUAUGAAACCAUACUCCUUUAAAAAUCUGGACCAAAACAAGAGAAUUUUCAACUACAGGCUUUCAAGAGCAAGGCGAAUAGUUGAAAAUGUUUUUGGAAUUUUAACAAGUAGAUUUGGGGUAUUUAAAAAGGCUAUUCCUCUAGAACCAGAAAAAGUUGAGGGAAUUGUUUUGGCAUGCUGUGCACUGCAUAACUUUCUAAGAACAAGGAAAUCAGCCACAGAAUAUAUAGGCCCAGGGAUGAUUGAUGAGGAGGACACUGAGAAUGGGACAAUGAAUUAUGGGAUUUGGAGACAUGAAAUGGGCACAAAUCUACCCGGUCUUAUUCGACAAUGUGGGAAUCGAUCAAGUAAUGAUGUACGAGAAAUAAGAGAAGAAUUUUGUGACUAUUUUAAUACAAAUGGUCAGGUUUCUUGGCAAUGGGAAUUGCUGUAACUUACAAGAUUGGACUGUGAUCCUCUGGGGACAAUUUGUGUUUUCAAAAAGGCAUCCAGGGACUUGAAAUGAACCCAUGAACUGGUGUAGAGUUCGUCUGUGCCAGAGCCACUCUUCCUGGACUUGUUUAUUUUGGACAAUUCCUUAGAAUAGUAUCCUCUGAGAUAGGAUAUUUUGGCUUGUAUUUGAUUGACUGUAAAUAAAAAAUAAAUACAUUUACAAGU